UGUAUUACACCGAACACUGCAUCUCCACUCUUGAACAGUGAAAUUAAAACCCUUCAACGUGAACUUUUACUUUGAAAAUAUCAGGCCGGAAGUAUUUGGAUACAGAUGCGCUGGAGCUACAGGACAGGCGUCGGCUAUGGCUGAGACCCACAGCUUACAGGACCUCCAGCAGCCGGCUGUUUCCUCCAAGGUCUUCAUCCAGAGAGACUACAGCUCAGGAACAAUAUGCAAGUUCCAGACCAAGUUUCCCUCUGAGCUGGAGUCUAGGAUGGAUAAGCAGCAGUUCGAGGAGACCAUGCAGACUCUGAACAACCUGUAUGCGGAGGCGGAGAAGCUUGGAGGAAAGUCUUACCUGGAGGGCUGCUUGGCUUGUCUGACUGCCUACACCGUCUUCCUGUGUAUGGAGACACACUACGAAAAGGUGUUAAAGAAGAUUGCCAGAUACAUCAAGGACCAGAAUGAGAAGAUUUAUGCUCCCAGAGGCUUACUGCUGACUGACCCUUUAGAGAGAGGCCUUAGAGUCGUGGAAAUCACCAUCUUUGAAGACAGAAGCAUUGGAUCUGGAAGAUAAAACGAUUUUUGCCACAUGAUGACGUCCGGUGACCGCUGUAGCCUUUCCGAUCGAGUCACCUUCACAUCCCGAGGGUCCAACGUGUGUUUUUUCCGCUGUUACAUGCAGUUGAAAUUAUGAGAUUGCAUACUUCCUGCAAAAGAGAAAACAUAAGCAUAUUGAAAACAUGCAGUAUGACUAAAUAAUGGCUGCUGAACAAUCGUCAGGACUGUGCCGAAACACAGAAAUGUACUCUGUCUUCAGUGUUUUUCUAUUCUGGAGCAUGAUUUUGCUCUAUGUCUUAUUUCAAUGUGCAGGCUGGUGACUGACCAGAUACUCCUAAUCUGCUUCAGUGUAUACCCAGACCUCCCUUUCUGAAAUACAUGUGUACUUUUACAUGUGAUCUUUUCCUCCUGUAAUUUAUAAAUACUCUCCUGUUUGCCUUUGUGUAUGUUUGUACAUGCCUUUUCUUGUCUUUUUCUAAUCAAGACGUCUAAAAUGUUGAGCAGGCUUUAUAGAAUGUGCCAUUGUGUUCAUUGCCAUCAUCUCCACAUUCAUUACAAGAGGUUUGAGGUGUUGCUUUGAAAAUUUAAAGACGGGCAAUGUGUUGUAAAGUUUUGGCCCAGUUUGCGAUCACAUCGGUUAUGGAUGGUUAAUAUUAACAAUGUGAGGGUCGCGACCUCUGCAGAACCCAUGUUUUCAAUUAUGUGAAACAAUGCAAGUGUUUGGGGGUGGGAACUUGUUUUAGAAGUUGUAAAUUUGAGAUGUUUCUGGUUUUGAAGAUGGAGCAUGUUUACUAAGUUCUCCUCUAAAUAACCCCAACACAUUUUGGGAACUGUCUCAUUUCCAUGACAGUGAUAUAUUCAGCUUCAGCAUACAUCAUACGUACCAUCACAAUAUCCAUUAGCAUUAGACAGUUGGAAAGCUCUACAGCACAUUGUUUAGAUUUUGUUUGUAGGAUACUUCCACAAUUGUCCAUAAUUGUCUUGUUUUAUUUAAAUAAAUUGUAGUUACCUGAAAUGAA